GUGAACUCCACACUGACGCAGACCGUAUCCUUCGAUUUUUUUUUUCCAUACAGAAAAAAACCAGAGCCUCCCAAUUCGAUCUGUCGUCCUUUUUAUCCCCACAUCCUCCCUUCACUCCACACAUUUUCCUCAUCCCCACAAUCCCAUUUCUCUCCACAUCCCCCUUUGCCAUUUACAGCCAGCAAUCUUGGGUUCGUUGGUUGUGAAUAUUGAGAAGAAGAGCUGAUGUCUUCAGUGCAGUCAGUUGUGGGGCGACCUGACGUCGUCCCACGACUGCUUUACUCCAGUUCUAAUGCAAGGGACUUGGUUUUUGUUGAUUUUGUUGGACUGGGGUGUAAGUUCAGACGGUCUCGCCGGAAACUUGGAGUUUCGUCCACCACCCCUUCGGCACGUGGUCUGUUAGGACGAAAUAAUUGGUCUUCGUCUUCUAUCCGGGCUGUUCUUGAUCUUGAACGCAUUGGUACUUCCUCUUCUAAAGUACCCUCCCAUUCUGAUGAUGAUUCAAAGCCCAAGGUUGCAAAUUUGGAGGAUAUAAUAUCAGAAAGAGGGGCAUGUGGAGUUGGAUUUAUUGCAAAUUUGGAAAAUAAAGCAUCACACGACAUAAUUAAGGAUGCUCUUACUGCCCUCGGCUGUAUGGAACAUCGUGGAGGUUGUGGAGCAGAUAAUGAUUCCGGUGAUGGUUCUGGAGUGAUGACAUCUAUUCCUUGGGAUUUUUUUAAUGAUUGGGCUGUCAAGCAGGGGAUUGCUGCAUUUGAUACGUUGCACACAGGUGUUGGAAUGAUUUUUCUUCCCCAGGAUGAUGAAUUAAUGAAAGAAGCUAAAACAGUUGUUGAGAAUAUUUUUAAACAAGAGGGUCUUGAAGUGCUUGGAUGGAGGCGAGUCCCAGUAGAUACUUCUAUAGUCGGCUUUUAUGCUAGACAAACCUUGCCCAACAUACAGCAGGUUUUUGUUAGAAUUGGUAAAGAAGAGAAUGUUGAUGACAUUGAAAGAGAACUCUACAUCUGUCGUAAAUUGAUUGAAAGAGCAGUGAACUCUGAAAUCUGGGGAAAUGAGCUUUACUUCUGCUCAUUGUCUAACCAAACCGUAGUUUACAAGGGAAUGUUGCGGUCAGAAGUUCUUGGGAGAUUUUAUUUUGACCUACAGAAUGAUCUUUAUAAAUCACCAUUUGCUAUUUACCACCGGAGAUACAGUACAAACACCAGUCCUAGAUGGCCUCUAGCUCAACCAAUGAGGUUUCUUGGUCACAAUGGAGAGAUCAACACUAUACAGGGAAAUUUGAAUUGGAUGCGAUCUCGGGAAGCCUCAUUGAAGUCUUCUGUUUGGCGUGGUCGCGAGAAUGAAAUUCGUCCUUUUGGGAACCCAAAGGCAUCUGACUCCGCGAAUCUUGAUAGUACAGCAGAGUUGUUGAUAAGAAGUGGUCGUACUCCUGAAGAAGCUCUAAUGAUUCUUGUCCCAGAGGCAUACAAGAACCAUCCUACAUUGUCUAUAAAAUAUCCUGAGGUUGUUGAUUUUUAUGACUACUACAAGGGUCAAAUGGAAGCUUGGGAUGGACCUGCUUUACUUUUAUUUAGUGAUGGGAAAACAGUUGGAGCUUGUCUUGAUCGUAAUGGACUUCGCCCAGCUAGGUAUUGGAGGACAAAAGAUAAUGUUGUCUAUGUUGCAUCUGAGGUUGGUGUUCUUCCAAUCGACGAUUCAAAAGUCAUGAUGAAAGGCCGUUUAGGUCCAGGAAUGAUGAUAGCUGUUGAUCUAAAAAGUGGCCAGGUAUAUGAAAACACAGAAGUUAAAAAACGAGUAGCACUAUCAAAUCCUUUUGGAAAAUGGGUUACUGAGAACCUGCGGUCCUUGAAGCCUGUAAACUUUCUUUCUGCAACGGUUAUGGACAAUGAAGCAAUAUUAAGGCGUCAGCAGGCAUAUGGAUAUUCAAGUGAGGAUGUCCAAAUGGUGAUUGAAACCAUGGCUGCACAAGGAAAGGAGCCCACUUUCUGUAUGGGAGAUGAUAUACCAUUAGCAGUAUUAUCAAGGAAGCCUCAUAUGCUUUAUGAUUACUUUAAACAACGGUUUGCUCAGGUCACAAAUCCAGCAAUUGAUCCUCUUAGAGAAGGUCUAGUGAUGUCUCUAGAAGUCAAUCUUGGGACGCGUGGAAAUAUACUUGAAGUUGGACCGGGGAAUGCCUCUCAGAUGAUUCUGUCAAGCCCUGUACUUAAUGAAGGAGAGCUUGACACCUUGCUCAGAGAUCCAAUCUUGAAAGCACAAGCUUUGCCAACCUUUUUUGAUAUUAGUAAAGGGGUUGAUGGUUCCUUGGAGAAGACAAUAUACAAGCUCUGUGAAGCUGCUGAUGAAGCUGUAAGAAAUGGUUCACAGCUGCUUGUUCUCUCUGACAGAUCUGAUGAGCCGGAGCCGACCCGCCCUGCGAUUCCAAUUCUUCUUGCUGUAGGUGCUGUUCACCAACAUUUGAUUCAAAAUGGUCUUCGGAUGUCGGCUUCUAUUGUUGCCAAUACUGCUCAGUGUUUCAGUACUCACCACUUUGCUUGUUUAAUUGGAUAUGGAGCAAGUGCUAUCUGCCCAUACCUGGCAUUAGAGACAUGUCGACAAUGGCGUUUGAGCAAUAAAACGGUGAAUCUGAUGAGGAAUGGGAAGAUGCCCACAGUAACAAUUGAACAGGCACAAAAGAACUUCUGCAAGGCUGUUAAAGCUGGUCUCCUCAAAAUCCUCUCCAAAAUGGGCAUCUCAUUGCUAUCAAGUUAUUGUGGUGCACAGAUAUUUGAAGCCUAUGGACUGGGGAAAGAUGUUAUUGAUAUAGCAUUUUGUGGGAGUGUAUCGACUAUUGGUGGCUUAACCCUGGAUGAGCUAGCAAGAGAGACAUUGUCAUUUUGGGUGAAGGCUUUCUCUGAGGAUACAGCGAAAAGACUUGAAAAUUUUGGGUUUAUACAAUUCAGACCAGGAGGGGAGUAUCAUGGCAACAACCCUGAGAUGUCAAAACUGCUUCAUAAAGCUGUCCGACAAAAAAAUGAAAGUGCAUAUUCAGUUUAUCAGCAGCACUUAGUUACCCGACCUGUGAAUGUUCUCCGGGAUCUUCUUGAAUUUAAAAGUGAUCGUCCCCCUAUUCCAGUUGGAAGGGUUGAGCCUGCUUCCUCAAUUGUGCUGCGCUUUUGUACUGGCGGAAUGUCACUUGGAGCUAUUUCUAGGGAAACUCAUGAGGCAAUUGCAAUUGCUAUGAAUAGAUUGGGUGGAAAAUCAAAUUCAGGAGAAGGUGGUGAGGAUCCAAUUCGCUGGAAGCCACUUACGGAUGUCGUUGAUGGGUAUUCUCCAACAUUGCCACACCUUAAAGGUCUUCAAAAUGGUGAUACUGCUACAAGUGCUAUCAAGCAGGUUGCUUCCGGACGCUUUGGUGUUACUCCAACAUUUUUAGUCAAUGCUGAUCAAAUAGAGAUCAAAAUUGCUCAGGGUGCAAAACCUGGUGAAGGUGGGCAAUUGCCAGGAAAAAAAGUUAGUGCUUACAUCGCACGAUUAAGAAAUUCUAAACCUGGUGUACCCCUUAUAUCUCCUCCUCCACACCAUGAUAUCUAUUCCAUUGAGGAUCUUGCUCAGUUGAUUUUUGACCUCCAUCAGGUUAACCCGAAGGCUAAAGUGUCAGUAAAGCUAGUAGCAGAAGCUGGCAUUGGCACAGUUGCUUCAGGGGUUGCGAAGGGUAAUGCUGAUAUUAUACAGAUAUCAGGGCAUGAUGGUGGAACAGGAGCUAGCCCUGUAAGCUCAAUUAAGCAUGCAGGUGGUCCUUGGGAACUUGGACUGACUGAAACACACCAGACCCUUAUUGAAAAUGGGCUUAGAGAACGGGUCAUACUCAGAGUUGAUGGUGGCUUCAAAAGUGGAUUUGAUGUUCUUAUGGCUGCAGCUAUGGGAGCUGAUGAGUAUGGAUUUGGUUCUGUGGCUAUGAUUGCAACUGGCUGUGUAAUGGCUCGUAUUUGCCACACAAACAAUUGUCCUGUUGGCGUUGCUAGCCAGAGGGAAGAACUACGAGCUCGUUUCCCUGGUGUGCCUGGUGACCUCGUUAACUACUUUAUCUAUGUUGCUGAAGAGGUAAGAGGCAUGUUGGCACAACUGGGUUAUGAGAAACUGGAUGAUGUUAUUGGGCGCACGGAUCUACUAAGAUCUCGAGAUAUUUCAUUAGUGAAGACACAACAUCUUGAUCUAAGCUAUAUUCUUUCUAAUGUUGGACUACCAAAGUGGAGCAGCACUACCAUUAGGAAUCAAGAUGUUCACAGUAAUGGUCCUGUUCUGGAUGAUAAUUUGCUAUCAGAUCCAGAGAUAUCGGAUGCGAUUCAGAAUGAAAAGGUGGUCCACAAAACCGUCACAAUUUACAAUGUGGACCGUGCUGUUUGUGGCCGUAUUGCAGGAGUAGUUGCAAAGAAAUAUGGUGACACUGGAUUCGCUGGGCAGCUCAAUAUAACGUUUACAGGGAGUGCUGGCCAAUCAUUUGGAUGUUUUCUCACACCUGGAAUGAACAUCCGACUUGCUGGAGAAGCUAAUGAUUAUGUCGGAAAGGGUAUGGCUGGUGGUGAAUUAGUUGUAACUCCUGCUGAGAGUACUGGAUUUUGCCCAGAGGAUGCUACAAUUGUAGGAAAUACCUGUUUGUAUGGGGCCACAGGAGGUCAAGUCUUUGUAAGAGGAAAAGCUGGGGAGCGUUUCGCUGUGAGAAACUCACUUGCUCAAGCUGUUGUAGAAGGCACUGGCGAUCAUUGUUGUGAAUACAUGACUGGGGGUUGUGUGGUGGUGCUUGGCAAGGUUGGUAGAAAUGUUGCGGCGGGUAUGACUGGAGGUCUAGCUUAUAUUCUAGAUGAGGAUGAUACUCUUAUCCCCAAGGUGAACAAAGAAAUUGUGAAGAUCCAGAGAGUGCUUGCUCCUGUUGGCCAGAUGCAGCUUAAGAGUCUUAUUCAGGCCCAUGUUGAGAAAACUGGGAGUAGCAAGGGCUCCUCCAUUCUCAAGGAGUGGGACAAAUAUUUGCCACUCUUUUGGCAGCUAGUUCCACCUAGUGAAGAAGACACUCCUGAGGCUUGUGCAGAGUACGAACAAGUAGCCACUGGACAGGUGACGUUGCAGUCAGCAUAGGCAACAGUGGAGUUAAGUUCAAAUCUGUGGCCUGUUGCAACCAAUCGUCGAAUUGUAAAGGAGAUUAUUUAUGUCUUCUGGCAUCAGAUUCCUAGAGAUGGAAAAAGAUUUCGAACGUUAACGGUCAUCAUCGUCUGAAGCUGGAGGCCUUGAUCUUCAUCGAGCAACCGGUGUUUCAUAACAUGCUUCAGCAGCUGUAUAGUGAUGCUGCGCAUACUUCAGAUGUUAGAUACUGGUUUUUCUGAAUCUUACGAUGGUUGUCUGGACUGGUGCCUGUGACUGGAAAUUUUGGAAUUUGAAACAGCAAAUGUAAAUAUGGCUUUAAAAAGUCCCUUUUGCUGCCCCUUUCUGGCUUUCUCUGAUAUUCCAUGUCUUCCCAAUAAGUUGUAAAUGUUGUCUUGUAUCAUGUAAUUUAUGAUCAAGACUAUAAAUAUUAAACAUAUUCCUUAGACGCAAAA